GUUCGCGUCGUCCCCAGCCGUCGCCGUAACUGGCGCGCGCGCGCGCUCGCUACUACACAACAGGUGACACGCGGCGGCCUAAAAAAACACCAUAAUAGACACGUUAUUAAUUUAAUAAACAACAUUGUUGUUUUUGUUUCGCGCUGCCGUGCUUAUCAGCUGCCGUACAGUAAUAUAUAAUCGGCGUACACCUAAUAUUGUAAUACAAUAAUAUUCUGCAAUCGGUUUUUUUCUCUCUUUGUGUGUGUGUGUGUGUGUGUGUGAGCUUUGGCCGUAGGCGCCAGCCGCGGCGACAACGACCGCCAACACACCGCCAACAACAACGUCGGCCGGUCCACCUACCAUGCCGUCAUGUGCUCCAGACGGCGGCAGCAGCAGCUGUGGAUCGCCCGUCGCCGCCCGCGGAUUGGACCUGGUCACCACGGUCGCGGUGGUCCUCUACUUGGCCACCUAUUUUGCAUCGUCCGGAUCCGUCCAAGCAACGUGCAGCGACAACAAGACAGCGGAUGGCGACAGUCGGGUGGAAAUGCUCAUGUGGCUAACGGAUCCAUGCCGGUACGACCGUUUGACAAGACCAAUGCCGGAAAACGAAAGCGGACCGACGCGGGUGUGGGCUAGAGUGUACGUGUAUUUUCUAGGAUCUGUAGAAGCCCAACAGUUGCAUUUCACUGCACACGUUCUGAUACGAUACCGGUGGCGUGACAGCCGUCUGGUGCAUUCUUCGUCCAAGUCGGCCAUCCAAGGAGAGAACAAACUCAAGGAGCGAGUGUGGACUCCGCACGUUUACAUAGUCAACGAACACGACUCCAACAUCAUGGGCUCCGGUCGCCAAGACAUCCUGGUGACGGUGCAACCGGACGGCACGGUUUUGUAUUCGGCCAGGGAGUUUUGUCAGGACGUAUACGAUAACGACGGCGGACGUUGUGGUUGCAGGUUGAAAGUGUCACUGCUGUGCAUGAUGAACUUGCAAAAGUUCCCGUUCGACGAGCAGACCUGUCCCCUGAUACUGGAGAGUUGGUCGUACAACAACACUCACUUGGAACUGCUGUGGGAGCACGUCUCGCCGGCCGUGGUCAACAGCAACUUGCGAAUGACCGAAUACAACUUGGUGUCGAUUUGGACGAACGCCACGGUCAGCGAGUACGCGCUGAUGCCGAGUUCGAGCGAGGAAAGCAGCGGCAACGAUUCGGAAUAUUCGUCAAUUGCCAUCGAGCACGUGCACUACUACGGGAAAUUCGCCGGCAACUACAGCCAGUUGAGAGUGUACUUUGAGCUGGAACGCGAAGUCGGCCAUUACAUAAUGGACUACUACGUGCCGAGCAUCUUGCUGGUAGUCGUGUCUUGGGUGUCGUUUUGGUUGGACCCGAACGCAGUCCCCGGUCGCACUACUCUAGGAACCAGCACGAUGUUGACGUUCAUCACUCUGUCCAGGAACACGGGCAGUUCGCUGCCAAAGGUGUCCUACAUCAAAGCCACCGAGAUAUGGUUCAUCGUGUGCACCAUGUUCAUAUUCGGCUCUCUGGUGGAGUUUGCGUUUGUCAACACGAUCUGGCGGCGAAAGAAGAACGUGGAAUUGAAAAAAGUCAACAGCAAACAUAUUUUGAAAUCGACUUUGACUCCUCAGAUGCAACGGAAAUCGUCGUCCGUCGAUAGCGGAAUCGACAAAUUCGGAUCUAACUUGGGCGUGAACGGACACAGCAAAGGAAGUAGAAGAGCAACCAGGAGAACCAGAAGUAUGCUGUCCGUCGCAGACUCGAACGAAUCGAUUGUCUGUACUGACCCGCAGCCUUUGGAAGACGUCACGAUUCGAGUGCCCAACAUGAAUGAAAACAGAAACGUGGGCGGAGGACUGUUCACGAUGACACCGCAAGAGAUAGCCCAAUGGAUAGACCGGCGAAGUCGCGUCGCUUUCCCGGUGACUUUUCUGGUGUUCAACUGUUUUUAUUGGCUCUACGUUUGCGUGUAACGUCCCAACAGCGUUGCAUCCUUGCAUGGUCAUAAAAACCGAAACGCUGUAACGAUAGAAUAUCCAUUAGAAUUCAAACGGAGAGGGUCUACUCAUCAUGCGGUUCGGCGACAAAUCUAUUAUCGUCGACAAACCCACAAUAAUUACCACAAAUCGAUUGCCAUUAAACUUUGACAAUAAUACCAUAAUAAUUACACCAAUGUUGUUGACAAUUACUUCUAUUUUAGCUUUGGACGUUUGUCCCCCACGACCGGUACGCCAAGGGAACGUACAACGUCACACGGCACCAAAACCACCUUGUAAAUACCCUAUAUAUAUAUAUAUGUAAUGUCUAGAAAGACUACCCAUAUAGUUGCCCACGAGACUUCGACAAUAGCAGUGGCUAAAGCUCGUUUUUACUGUUGUAUUCUACGUUAAGUUAAAUUUGAUUUAUUAUAUUUCGAAACAAUAAAUGUAUAAAGUGUUUUAAGUCGCGUGUGUAUUAAUGUAAAUCA